UUCUCUCUUCUCUGCCCUAAGACCCCUCUCACCUUCUUCACUUUACUCUUCAGUCAUCCUUCGUCUCCCAUUCUUCUUCCUUCUGCUCUCCUCCUCCUCCGUCUUUUUCCGGUGGCAAUGGCUCCAACUGCGGCGGCCCUCGCCUCCCUCUGCCUCCUCUCCGUCAUUGGGGUGGCAUACUGCGCCGACAACUUCAUGGUUCAGGGCCGCGUGUACUGCGACACCUGCCGCAUCGGAUUCGAGACCCCAGCCACCACCUACAUCCCAGGUGCAAAGGUUAAGGUCGAGUGCAGGAGCAGGACGACUGGGUUCAUGACGUACAAGGCCGAGGGGAUGACGGAUGCGACGGGGACGUACCGCAUCCCCGUGGCCAACGACCACCAGCACGAGAUCUGCGAGUCCGUCUUGAUCAGCAGCCCUCAGCGCGGCUGCGCCGUGAUGCAGGCCGGCCGUGAGCGCGCUUCCGUCGCCCUCACCCACAACAACGGCAUGCCCUCCAGCACCAGGUUCGCCAACUCCCUGGGCUUCGUCGCCGACAGGCCCCUCGCCCUGUGCGCCCAGCUGGUCCAGCAAUACGAGCUCGACGAGACUGAAGUCUAGACAUCCCACCGGCGUUCGCCCGACCAGGUCUUCACAGGCUUGUAGGUGAAGGGGAAGCCAUAUGGGUAAAAAGAUAAACGGAUUUUUCUUCAUUUUCUCAUCGCUGGUCGUUUCUCUUUUCCGAUUUGGUUGCACAAAAAUAAGAACAGUGUGCUUUUAGUGACUUAUUUUUACCGGAUCUUGGCACGUCUCUGGCCUAUGAUCGUAAUAGUGCAAGUAGUAGUGGUGAGUACUUGUUAAUCUGGCGUUGGUGUUCUAGAUCUGGAGUACUUUCUCUGUUAGAUCAGAUGUACUUGCUUGUCUAGACUGAUAGAUUCAACAAAUAUAUUGUUUUAUCCUUCCUUUC